AUGCUCUCCCUCAAUAACCGCCGUCACCUCUCCAACCCACCUCACAAUCACUCCGUCCCAUCCACCCCGCCAUCUCCUCUCCCUUACCUCCCCACCGUCGCCUCUCCCUCCUCCCCACCGUCGCCUCCCUCCUCCCCGCCGUCGCCUCUCCCUCCUCCCUGCCAUCGCCUCUCCCUCCUCCCCGCCGUCGCCUCUCCCUCCUCCCCGCCGUCGCCUCUCCCUCCUCCCCGCCGUCGCCUCUCCCUCCUCCCCACCUUCGCCUCUCCCUCCUCCCCGCCAUCGCCUCUCCCUUCCCCGCCGUCGCCUCUCCCUCCUCCCCGCCGUCGCCUCUCCCUCCUCCCCGCCAUCGCCCCUCCCUCCUCCCCGCCGUCGCCCCUCCCUCCUCUCCGCCGUCGCCUCCGGCGAUAG